GGACCAUAGAAACUCAACUUGAUGGUUUGGCCGGACAUGGAGAAGAUGGAACUACAAGCAGCGAGGAGACAGAUGACUCUGCAUUUUCUGGUGGCAUGCCUCCUCACUAUCUGGAGGAUCAUCCUUACCUUGCUAGUAAUGAGACAGUGUCCAAAUGGCAAUUGAAAGGGAAAAGGAACACACGUAAUCUUACAAGAAAGUCUCUGGACAGAGGCAAUGGAAAGUUCUCUCACCCUUACAAAACAAAAGGAAGCACCUUGGGCUCAUAUGCUGUUCAUGAUGAUGAUGACGAAGACGAUGAUGAUGACGACGACGAUGAUGAAUAUGGGACAAGAUAUUUCGAGUCCCGCAAGGGUCGGCUGAAUGAUGAUGGCUUUUCUUAUGGUUUCCAGAGAAGUCAUCGUCCAAAUACUUUUGGUCAAAAAUUGAUGAGUUGGGAUGACAUCACUUGGGAGGAGAGUCCUGCUUUCAGGAGCUUUUGGAAGGCCAGCAGGGGAGAUCAUUUUAGUCCUUUUGGUGGCAGAGGGCGGUCAAUGUUAAUAGAUGUGGAUUUGAAGGUGAAAGCAAGCUACCAGAAAGAAGCAGCUGUUCCUAUUGUGUCUCUCAGGAGCAAAGUAGAUGGAAGGGCAAUAAUCGGGCACCCGAUCCAAGUCGAGCCCCUGGAGUAUGGCUCGACCGAUGCUCUCCUGGUUUCCACAAGUGAUCACUGUAGCAGUGAGACAACAUUCGAACACCACGAUAGGAAGGGGGAUACAGCUGCAGUACUUCAACAACCAUCCUGGAGAACUGCAAGGAGGACCAAUAAUUUCAGGGUUCCAAGGCCUGUCAGUGGUCAGGUUCCCCGAGUCGGUGGUUCGGGUCGUAGAGGGUCGACCGGAGGUGGUGGAGUCCGGAAGGGCAGCAGUGGUCAGGUUCCUCGGCCUAUGAGGAAAGUGGGUAAGAAGAAAGCGGGGGGCAUGUUGUCAUCUAAUCAGAAGACAAGGAUGCUCUCCUCCAUAGGGUUCCAACAGCAUAAGGGCGUAAGUAGUAGCAGCAGCGGUGGCGGCAGCAGCAGCAGUGAAAUGGGUGGUGGGGUUAUGAAAGGGGAGACUUCCGGGCUCACCACGGUGGCUUGCAUACCUGUGAAGUUAGUAUUCAGUAGGUUGCUGGAGAAGAUAAACAGACCACCGUCAUUUGGAGUCAAGUAGCUAUAAUUUAAGGUGGAUACAGAUUAUAGACAAGUACAGCAGCAGCAGCAGCAUUAGGAGACAUGUACAAGUUUCUUUUUUAGGUUCCCCUUCUUUCUUCAUUUCUUUUUUUCCUUUUGACAGAAAAAGAAAGGCAAAAGGAUAGAUGGAUAUAUAACAUAUAGAUAGACACACUGACAUGGUAGGUUCAAAGGAGGUAAGCAAUGCAGCAAUUGUUGCUUACUAAUCGUGGGGGGUGGAUUGCAUAUUCUUGUCAUUGUUAUUGUUUGACUUUCGAUUUUCGACACGGAAUGGAAUUGUGAUAGGCAUCAGAGAGAUUUGUGAUUGCGGAAGGAGAAGGCAGAGUUAGUCCAAAGGCAGGGAAAUUGCCUGGGUACAUGAAUGUACAUUAGACUUGCUUUUUUGUGUGGCAGAGAGGAAACAAAAAGCAACUGGAACU